CUCAUAACGCUUGCUGUAAUUGUGACUCAACAAAAGAGAAGAUAUACGACCACGGCACAAGAGAUACCUAAAAUCUUGGUAGCAUCUUCCGUCACAAACAGCAAGACAAAAUGGCCGAAUUACCAUCACACGAAAAAAAGGCAAACAUGCUCUGGGGAGGGCGCUUUACAGGCGGCUUAGACCCGCUAAUGGUGGCAUACAACGAGAGCAUCUACUUUGACAAGAACCUCUACCGCCAGGACAUCCUCGGAAGCAUCGCCUUUGCGCGAGCAAAUAGCAAAGCUGGUGUCAUCACCCAGGCCGAGUUCGAACAGAUCGAAAAGGGAUUACUCGAGGUCCAGAAGGAAUGGGAGGCUGGUACUUUUAAGAUUGUGCCGGGUGCAGAUGAGGACAUUCACACUGCCAACGAACGACGACUAGGCGAGAUCAUCGGCAAGGAUGUUGCCGGCAAGCUCCACACAGGCCGUUCGCGCAACGAGCAGGUGGUCACUGACAUGCGCAUGUGGCUGCGCGAUGAGCUGCGCAAGAUCGAGUCGUACCUUGUUAGCUUCCUGACCGUCACUGCCGCCCGUGCUGAGCGGGAGAUCGACCUGGUCAUGCCAGGAUACACACACCUCCAGCGCGCCCAGCCCAUCCGCUGGAGCCACUGGAUGUUGUCUUAUGGACUCGUCUUCGCCUCUGACCUUGAGCGCCUGAGGGAGGUCAUCAAGCGUGUCAACCGCUCGCCUCUGGGAUGCGGCGCGCUUGCUGGCAACCCGUUCGGUAUCGAUCGUGAGAUGAUGGCCAAGGAGUUGGGCUUCGAUGGCCUCAUGUGGAACUCGAUGGGCGCCGUGGCCGACCGUGACUUUGUCGCCGAGACUCUGCAGUGGGGUGCCAUGUUGAUGCAACACAUCAGCCGAUGGGCUGAGGAUUUGAUCAUUUACUCGACGGCCGAGUUCGGCUUCGUGCGCCUGGCCGAUGCCUACUCGACCGGCAGCAGCUUGAUGCCACAGAAGAAGAACCCGGACAGCCUGGAGCUGCUGCGGGGAAAGAGCGGACGUGCCUUUGGCCAAAUGGCUGGCUUCAUGAUGGUUCAAAAGGGCCUUCCGAGUACCUACAACAAGGAUCUACAGGAGAGCAUUGAGCCGAUGCUGGACCACGUCCGCACCGUUUCGGACAGCAUACAGAUCGCCGAGGGCGUACUUGCCACUCUGGAGGCGCGGGGCGACAAGAUGCAGGCUGCAUUGGACCCGUUCAUGCUGGCCACGGAUGUGGCUGACUAUCUAGUGCGCAAGGGCGUACCUUUCCGUGAGACGCACCACAUCUCUGGAAGGUGCGUGGCGCUGUCGGAGCAGACGGGCGUGCCGAUGGACAAGCUCACAUACGAGCAGCUGCGGGAGAUUGAUGAGCGAUUCGAGCCCGACAUUGCCGAGUCGUUUGACUACGACAAGAGCGUGGAGAUGAGGUCUGCCAAGGGCGGUACCUGCAAAGAGGCUGUCCUGGAGCAGGUCAAGGUGUUGAGGAAGAUGCUGGAGUGAAAACUGGCGAUGUUUCUAGACGACUGAUGAUGAAUGAAGAGGUGGGAGUAUAGAUCUCCUGAUAGAAAAACCUGACACCAGGGGCGCUUAAACCAUGUUGUUUGCGUUGUUGAGAGGUGCACUCUUAUAUGAGGAGCUCGUUUUGGUUAGUGAAUGCUUGCACGUGAACUGAGUGAGAGGGUUUGGACUGUCAUUCUCAAGUUUAAAUCGAACUUUCGACAAAUUUUGCAGGACUAAACUUUUUAGAUUCGUACCAUACAAGUCAACUGGCUUUUAGAAAUUUCCUGAGCAUUCGAGGCGAAAUUAUUAUUGUUACUUACU